AUGAGUUCAUCGGAAGAUGAAAUAGUUCUUUCCAGAAGAACCAAAAAACCUCUCAAUAGUGCUGAUCUGGACCAGGAAGAAACUCCAUUAACACAACUCAACUCUCGUCGUAAAGAGACUUCGUCGCCUCUGAAAUCUAAUGGAAUUAAAAGGCAGCAUCCAAUUAUUAAUGGAUCUAAUUCAAAGAAGAUAAAAAAAUCUAACGGAGUAAAAUCCGAGGAUGAGGACGAGGACAAACCAUUAAAAUCAGUGGCUCUGCCAAAAUUGAAGAAAGUCAAAGCGAAUGGUGUUAAAGAUAAGGGCACCCAAGGUAAGAUGAAACCUUCCAAAAGUAGGAGCGCAUCCAGUAAUCCAGGUAAGCAUAAAAGUGAGACGCCCAAAGUUGAUGAUAAUGACGAGGAAGAAGAAGCGGAAGCUUAUAAAUGGUGGGAAGAUGACUUGGAUGGCGAACAAAAAUGGGAAAGCCUUGUACAUAACGGAGUUUUGUUUCCACCAGAAUAUGAGCCUUUACCUUCACAUGUGAAGCUAUAUUAUGAGGGUAAACCUGUUGAUUUACCGCUAGAGGCUGAAGAAGUUGCAAGUUUUUUUGGACAAAUGGUGGAGACAGACCACGCAAAGAAUGCAGUGUUCCAAAAGAAUUUCUUUGAGGAUUUCCUCGAGGUGCUAAAAGAAGCAGGUGGGUGUAAUGUCACGAUCAAUGAGUUCAAAAAGAUGGAUUUUUCUAAAAUGCACGCUCACUUUGAAGAGCAGAAGGAAAGAAAAAAGGCUAUGUCAAGAGAUGAGAAAAAGAGAAUUAAGGAGGAAAAAGAAAAAUUCGAGGAACCUUAUAAGACUUGCAUGUUGAAUGGACGCAAAGAACAAGUUGGAAAUUUCAGAAUUGAACCUCCAGGAUUAUUUCGAGGAAGAGGUGCUCAUCCCAAAACAGGAAAGCUUAAAAGAAGAGUUACACCUGAAGAUGUCACAUUAAACUUGAGUCAGGAUGCUAAAGUCCCAGACCCGCCUCCUGGACACAAAUGGGGCGAUAUUAAACAUGAUAAUACUGUGACUUGGCUUGCUAUGUGGAAAGAGAAUAUUGCAGACUCCUUUAAAUAUGUUAGAUUUGCUGCAAAUUCCUCUAUAAAAGGUGUUUCUGACUACAAGAAAUUUGAAACUGCAAGGAAAUUAAAGUAUCACAUAAGCGAUAUAAGAAAAGAUUACAAUAAGAUGCUUAAGGAUGAAUUGAUGCAAAAUAGACAAAUGGCCACGGCUACAUAUCUAAUUGAUGUCUUCGCUUUGAGAGCUGGCGGUGAGAAAGGAGACGAGGAAGCGGAUACUGUUGGUUGUUGUUCCUUAAGAUAUGAACAUAUAACGUUGAAGCCUCCAAAUACUGUAAUUUUUGAUUUCUUAGGUAAAGAUUCCAUCAGAUUCUACCAAGAAGUCGAAGUUGAUAAGCAAGCUUUUAAGAACUUGAGAAUUUUCAAAAAACCACCUAAGCAACCCGGUGAUAAUUUAUUCGAUAGAAUUAAUCCUCAAAUGUUGAAUAAGCAUUUUCAGAAUUAUAUGAAGGGCCUUACUGCAAAAGUUUUUCGUACAUACAAUGCAUCGAAAACCAUGCAAGAUCAACUAGAUUUGAUUAAAAACGAAGGAACAGUUGCUGAGAAAGUCGUUAAGUAUAAUGCUGCGAAUAGAACUGUUGCAAUUCUAUGUAAUCAUCAACGUACAGUUAGUAAAAACCAUGAAAAUAGUGUUCAAAAGAUUGGAGACAAAUUGAAAGAAUUGAUGUGGCAGAAGAUAAGGCUUAAGAAAAUGAUUUUAGAAUUAGAACCCAAGCUACUUAAGCAACAGCCAAAAUACUUUGAAGAGAUCACAGAUUUGGCUAAAGAAGAUGAGGAGCAUAUUCAUCACAAGAUAAUUGAAAGACAAAAAGAACUGGCUUUUAAGAAGUUACAAAGGGACAAUGAAAAGCUUAAGGCAGAGGGAAAACCUACACUAGAUGAAAGUUCCAUUAAAGAUAAGCUAGAUAAGAUCGUGGAACUUCGCAAGGAUUACGAAGAAGAAUUGAGAACAGGAAAACCCCUGAUUAAAAAAGCUGCUUCAGUUGAGAAAUUAAAGCAGCAAGUCGAAACAGUCGAAAAUAGAAUUGUCAAUACAAGCUUUCAGUUAAAAGAUAAAGAAGACAACUCCGAAGUGUCGUUGGGAACGUCAAAGAUAAAUUAUAUUGACCCUAGAUUAACAGUUAUGUUUUCGAAGAGAUUCAAUGUUCCUAUUGAAAAGCUCUUUACGAAAACUCUUAGAGACAAAUUCAAUUGGGCCAUCGAAUCUACUGAUGAAAACUGGAGAUUUUAA